ACAGAGAGAGAAAAAAGAGAAAGAGAAAGCUCUGUUGCUGUUAGCUGCUGUCUGUCUCUUUCUCUUUUUCUUUCACACGUUUUUGGGGGAAAAACUCCCUUUCUCUCUCAAUCACUGUGUCGACGUCGUCUACCCUUCCUUCCCCCCCCACACCAGAGCUUUUCUGUCCCUUCCCUCUUUCAUUUCUCUUUGAAGAUCGGAGGCGAAAGGUUUCUCUAUGGUUAUGAUUUAUAAAUUCGUCUUCUGACUCAACACAUCCCCUAUCCCCGAGUUAUGGGCUGCUGCGAAUCGGUCUUUCUCAGGAAUCCCUACUCAGUGCAGAAAUCCAAUUACACCCACCACCUUAACGUCAACAACCAAAACAACCGGGUAACUCAGACCAAUAAUGGCCCUUACUCGCCGUCGAAUGGAGGGAAGGAUUCCAUUGCCGGUACCGCUUCGGCCUUCCCUGAUUUCUCAGAGUUUUCCCUAGCUGAGCUUAAGGCUGCCACCAACAACUUCAGCUCCGAUUUCAUUGUCUCCGAAGGCGGUGUGAAGGCCCCCAAUGUUGUCUACAAAGGCCGCCUCCAGAACGACAAUAAUCGCCGUUGGAUCUCCAUCAAGAAAUUCACCAAAUCUGCCUGGCCCGAUCCCAAACAAUUUGCCGAUGAAGCUCGGGGUGUUGGCAACUUGAGACACAAGAGAGUGGUUAAUUUGAUUGGGUAUUGCUGCGAUGGUGACGAGAGACUGCUUGUUGCCGAAUACAUGCCCAAUGAUACCCUUGCAAAGCAUUUAUUUCACUGGGAAAACCAGACUAUUGAAUGGGCUAUGCGAUUGAGAGCUGCUUUAUUCAUGGCUGAAUCGUUAGAUUAUUGUAGUAGUAAAGGUCGUCCACUGUACCAUGAUUUGAAUGCGUAUAGGGUGCUCUUUGAUGAGAAUGGUGAUCCGCGACUUUCGUGUUUUGGCUUCAUGAAGAACAGCAGGGAUGGAAAAAGUUAUAGUACCAAUCUGGCGUAUACACCUCCUGAGUAUCUAAGAAAUGGAAGGGUUACUCCCGAAAGUGUAAUAUUCAGCUUUGGAACUGUCCUUUUGGAUCUUCUCAGUGGAAAACACAUUCCACCAAGUCAUGCUCUUGAUAUGAUACAGGGCAAAAAUAUUCUUCUCUUGAUGGAUUCACAUCUAGUGGGGAACUUUUCUACUGAAGAGGCAACCGUUGUCUUUGAUCUUGCCUCACAAUGUUUGCAAUAUGAACCGAGGGAGCGGCCAAAGACCAAAGAUCUUGUCAUUGCACUUUCCCCAUUGCAAAAUAAACCUGAUGUUCCAUCUUAUGUGAUGUUGGGAAUUCCCAAACAUGAAGAGGGGCCUCCUACUCCUCAACAACCACUGUCUCCAAUGGGUGAUUCCUGUUCACGGAUGGAUCUAACAGCUAUCCAUCAAAUUUUGGUAAUGACACAUUACAAAGACGAUGAAGGAACAAAUGAGCUCUCCUUCCAAGAGUGGACUCAACAAAUGAGAGAUAUGUUGGAGGCAAGAAAGCGAGGAGAUGUAGCAUUUCGUGAAAAAGAUUUUAAAACUGCUAUAGAUUGCUAUUCUCAGUUCAUAGAUGUUGGAACCAUGGUAUCUCCUACUGUUUAUGCACGCAGAAGUCUUUGUCAUCUCUUGUGCGAUCAACCAGAUGAUGCCCUUCGAGAUGCGAUGCAAGCACAAUGUGUGUACCCCGACUGGUCGACAGCAUUUUACAUGCAAGCUGUCGCUCUGUCCAAGUUAGACAUGCAGAAGGAUGCAGCAGACAUGUUGAAUGAAGCUGCUGCACUAGAAGAAAAGCGGCAACGGGGCGGAAGAGGAUCUUGAGAAAUUGGUUCAAGUUUGUGGCUCUGUAUUAUUAUUAUUAUUAUUAUUAUUAUUAUUAUUUUUGUAAGGGCGGGCAAAAGAUCAAAUUUUUUUGUGGUUGUUGCUGCAACCAAACACACCGAGAUUAACGAAAACUGGGAUGGUGGUUUUGUGGAAAAAGUUGUAUGAUGUAAGGUCCGGGGAGGAAGGCAUUUGUUUUGCAGUGCUGUAACUUGUUCCUGUUUAGUGAUUUUAAUGAAUUAAUUGAUUUGUUGAUUAUG